AGGUUGGGCCCUUUUUAUUAUUAUUCCAUAUCUCCGCAGUCCACAGCACCCACAUACGUACAGCUUCACAACGAGCGUGAGAACGCGUUGAACGUAAGCCCUUCCUUUGUUUGCCUGUUCUAUUUUGCUCCUUGCUUCUCUUUACUGUGCUUAUAAUGUCCGAGAAGUACAAGACAACGCCGGAGCCGAAGGCGGACACGGCUCCCGUUGCCGAGUACGUGCAUCCCGUCUCGGCCCGCGUUCUUCGUGUCGCGCCGUUCCUGGGCUACAUCCCCAUCUUCAACAUCACUAUCCGGUCAUUUCAUCCGAAGUUUGUUUUCGCCAUCUGUGCGCAGCGUUUGUUUGAGAUGGGCCUCGCCAAUGGCCUCAUGCGACUCUCGAUUCAGCCUAUGCUGACAGGCCGCUACGGGCUGACCGGCACCAUGUACCAGCGUCUGUCCACGCUGUACACGUUGGGCUGGGCCAUCAAUGCUUUUAUUACCGUGGUCGCCGACACGCUCGCCUUUUGCGGCUACACUAAACGGUGGUACAGCGUCGUGUCCGCAGUGGGCGGUGGUGUGUUCGCCCUGCUGUACGCGUUGCUGCCCGCCAACGAGUCGAGUGCAAAGCCCGCUGCCGCUUUCAUGUUUGUGACGGCCCUCUUCAUGAGCAACAUCGACGUCUUUGCGGUGGCGCUCUACAGUGAGCAAAUCCGCCGGCGCCCCUCCGCUGGCCCCGCCCUCGUCAGUUGGAUGUGGGGCACGGCCAAGGUCGGCAUCAUGAUCUCCAACGUGGUUCAGGGCCCGCUGUCCGACAGCGGCCUCACGCACAUCGGUGUGUACAUCACCUCCGCAAUCAUGUUCCUGUCGUCGAUGUUGUUUAUUUUCAAUCUGAUGGAGGAACGCCGCAACAGUGUUGCCCGAAACGAGGACGCGCGAAUUGAGUUCCUGCAGCACGCCGCGGAGUUGGCCUCACCCGACGCGAAGGCGCCCGGUGAGAAGGACGAGAAAGGAGGCCGCCUCGAAGUGAGUGGGUGCGUUGACGCCGAGGACAACGGCAUCAUCGAGGGAGAAAACGAUGACGGCGACGGUGCUCAGUUGCAGCAGCAGCAGCAGCAGCAGCAGACGGCGGCGGUCUUGCCGAAGGGCUUCACGCCGCCGCACGUCGAUUCGUACCUGUGUGGCGUGAUCGAGGUAAACCGCGACAUCAUUACGCGUCAGUGGAAGAUGGCGGUCUUCUGCCUCAUUCUCACGCUCGGCGUGGUAGUGAACGCUGUGGUGAACAUUCUCGGUUCGCGGUGGGACGUUCUGUACUCCGCUGCGGUAGUGGCCGUCGUGGUGUGCGGCAGCGCCUUCUUUACCCUGCCGCUGACGAUUUCCAAAGCGGUUGUGUUCAUGUACUUCAACAGCAUUCUCUACCUGAACCUGCCAGGCGUGCUGAACACCUUCUACGUCGCGAAGCCCUCCUGUCUCCCUGACGGCCCGCAUUUCAGCUACACCUUCUACAACUGCAUGAACGGCAUUCUGGGCAACAUCGCGAGUCUCGCCGGGGCCGCCGCCUUCACCCAUCUCUGCCCAAAACGCAGCUAUCGCUUUGUGAUGAGUCUUUCUGCUAUAUUGCUCCCCCUCGCCUCGAUGACCGACCUGAUCAUCGUUAAGCGGUGGAACACGCACAUCGGCAUCCCUGACCACGCCAUGUACAUCUUUGGCGAUGCGAUCAUCUUGGACUUGGUGGAGAUGCUGCUGAACAUGCCGACGAUGAUGCUGAUGUGCCGCAUCGCCCCCCGCGGCUCCGAGUCGAUGGUGUUUGCGCUGCUGGCUAGUAUCUACCACCUCAGCACUUCCACCUCCUCUGCGAUUGGCUACAUAUUGAUGGACACGAUUUGGCCCGUGGUGACGAAGGGCGAGUGCGACUACCACAACGCACCGUGGCUCCUCAUCGCCGGACACAUCGUUGCGCCGAUUUUCAUUUUCCCUCUCGCAUACAUGCUGCUCCCAGCCUCGCGCAUCUGCGACAAUAUCGAUCAGUCAGGGAAGAAGGUGAAGGAAGUGGUGUUUUCGGAGCUGUCCUCCACAACCGCAGACGACCCUCACGACGACGCCAACAACAGAGGGACCAAAUAA